AUGAAGCUACCAGGCCAGGAGGAGUUUGAGGUCUCCAGUGCUUGUGAAAAUGUGCCCACAGGAGAGCUGGACAGUGGCCCUGGCUCUGGCCCCAGCCCUGAUGGACCCUCAGACACAGACAGAGGGGAACUGGGGGUACCCAAGGACCCUCUGCUCUUCAUUCAGCUGAAUGAGCUUCUGGGCUGGCCCCAGGCACUGGAGUGGAGAGAGACGGGCAGGUGGGUGCUGUUUGAGGAGAAGCUGGAGGUGGGUGCAGGCCGGUGGAGUGUUCCUCACGUGCCCACCCUGGCACUGCCCAGCCUUCAGAAGCUCCGCAGCCUGCUGGCCGAGGGCCUUGUGCUGCUGGACUGUCCAGCUCAGAGCUUCCUGGAGCUCGUGGAACAGGUGACCAGAGUGGAGUCGCUGAGCCCAGAGCUGAGAGGGCAGCUGCAGGCCUUGCUGCUGCAGAGACCCCAGCACCUCAUCCAGCCCAUAGGCACCAGGCCCUGCCAGGGGUCUGCCCAUCCAAGAGAGGCUUCUCACAAUGAGGAAGCCCCACUGAAGGCACAGCAUCAGAACCCCCUGAGACGGAAGCUGCCUCCAGGGGCUGAGGCAGGAGUUGUGCUGGCAGGAGAGUUGGGCUUCCUGGCGCAGCCCCUGGGGGCCUUUGUGCGCCUGCGGGAUCCAGUGGUGCUGGGACCCCUCACUGAGGUUCCCCUUCCCAGCAGAUUUUUCUGCCUCCUCCUUGGUCCUUCCACACUGGGAAAGGGCUACCAUGAGAUGGGCCGGGCAAUGGCCGUCCUCCUCAGUGAUCCGCAAUUCCAGUGGUCAGUUCGUCGGGCCAGCAACCUUCGACACCUUCUGGCCGCCUUGGAUGCCUUCCUAGAGGAGGUGACAGUGCUGCCUCCAGGUCGGUGGGACCCGACAGCCCGGAUUGCCCCACCUAAAUGUCUGCCCUCCCAGCACAAAAGGCUCCUCUCACAACUGAGGGAGGUCCAGGGCCCCUCUGCCCGGCAUGGGGCCCUGGCUGAGGACAGGUAUGGCCACUGGCCGCAGGCACCCAGCCCAGAGUUACAGCGGACAGGAAGGCUGUUUGGGGGCCUUGUCCAGGAUGUGCGCCGGAAGGCCUCAUGGUACCCCAGCGACUUCUUGGAUGCGCUACAUCCCCAGUGCUUCUCAGCCGUGCUCUACAUUUACUUGGCCACCGUCACUAAUGCCAUCACUUUUGGGGGUCUGCUGGGGGAAGCGACCAAUGGCGCUCAGGGGGUGCUGGAAAGUUUCCUGGGCACUGCAGUGGCUGGAGCUGCCUUCUGCCUGAUGGCUGGCCAACCCCUCACCAUCCUCAGCAGUACGGGGCCAGUGCUGGUCUUCGAGCGCCUGCUCUUCUCCUUCAGUAGAGAUUACAGCCUGGACUACCUACCCUUCCGCCUGUGGGUGGGCAUCUGGGUGGCCACAUUUUGCCUGGCACUGGUGGCCACAGAGGCCAGCGUGCUGGUACGCUACUUUACCCGCUUCACCGAAGAAGGCUUCUGUGCCCUCAUCAGCCUCAUCUUCAUCUACGAUGCUGUGGGCAAAAUGCUGAGCUUGACAAGUGCCUAUCCUAUCCAGAGCCCUGGCUAUCCUGCUUAUGGCUGCUUUUGCCAGUACCCAGACCUGGGAGGAAAUGAGUCUGAGUGGACAAGGACAGAACCAAAAGACAGAAAUGACAUCUCAAGUAUGGACCUUGGCCUGGUCAAUGCCUCCUUGCUGCCCCCACCUGAGUGUGCCCGGCGGGGAGGCCAGCCUCGCGGCCCCAGCUGCCAUGCAGUCCCAGACAUUGCCUUCUUCUCCCUCCUCCUCUUCCUGACCUCCUUCCUCUUAGCCACAGCCCUCAAGCAUGUGAAGGCAAGCCGCUUCUUCCCCUCUGUGGUGCGCAGAGUGCUCGGUGACUUCUCCUCAGUCCUGGCCAUGCUGCUGGGCUGUGGCCUUGAUUCCUUCCUGGGUCUGGCCACGCCAAAGCUCACGGUGCCCAGUGAGUUCAAGCCCACACUCCCUGGGCGUGGCUGGCUGGUGUCACCUUUUGGAGCCAACCCCUGGUGGCUAAGUGUGGCAGCAGCCUUACCUGCCCUGCUUCUAUCUGUCCUCAUCUUCAUGGACCAGCAGAUCACAGCAGUCAUCCUCAACCGUGCUGAAUAUAAACUGCAGAAGGGAGCUGGCUUCCACCUGGACCUCUUCUGUGUGGCUCUGCUGAUGCUGCUCACAUCAGUGCUGGGGCUACCCUGGUACGUCUCAGCCACAGUCAUCUCCCUGGCCCACAUGGACAGUCUUCGGAGAGAAAGCAGAGCCUGUGCUCUGGGGGAGCCGCGCAGCUUCCUGGGGAUCAGGGAGCAGAGGCUGACAGGCCUGGUGGUGUUCAUCCUCACAGGAACUUCCAUCUUCCUGGCACCUGUACUCAAGUUCAUCCCAAUGCCUGUGCUCUAUGGCGUCUUCCUGUACAUGGGGGUGGCAGCGAUUAGCAGCAUUCAGUUCACAAAGAGGGUACAGCUAUUAUUGAUGCCAGCAAAACAUCAGCCAGACCUCCUGCUCUUGCGCCACGUACCUCUGAGCAGGGUCCACCUCUUCACAGCCAUCCAGCUUGCCUGCCUGGGUUUGCUUUGGAUAAUCAAGUCUACCCCUGCAGCCAUCAUCUUCCCCCUCAUGUUGCUGGGCCUGGUGGGGGUCCGAAAGGCACUGGAGAGGGUCUUCUCACCACAGGAACUCCUUUGGCUGGAUGAGCUGAUGCCAGAGAAGGAAAGGAGCAUCCCUGAGAAGGGGCUGGAGCCAGAAUAUUCACUCGGUGGUGACAGUGAAGAUUCAGAGCUGAUGUAUCAGCCAAGGGCUCCAGAAAUCAAUAUCUCUGUGAAUUAGCUGGAGUAGGAGUUUUAGGAAUAGAGACUCCAGGAAACUGAGCACGAGUUCACAGGUGUUACUCGGAAGUCAGGAUAUUGUUAGCCUUUGGCUUAACUGCCACAUGCUCAGUCGACUGGAACCAGUGGGGCAGGACUGGAGGGCAGCUGACCAAGAUUUCCGUCACCUUCCUGAGCAGGGGGUAGAGAGUGGCAGCGAUGGCGCGCCUGCGUGGCUCAGUGUUGUUAAGCGCCUGCCUUUGGCUCAGCUCACGAUCCCAGGGUCCUGGGAUCGAGCCCCACAUUGGGCUCCCUGCUCAGCGGGGAGCCUGCUUCUCCCUCUCCCUCUGCCUGCCGCUCUG